UCUUUUCAUUCAUGAUGGAUGGAACAACCGAUAUAUCUGGAGAUGAGCAAGAGGCUAUUUACGUAAGGACAUCCAGUCAAGGUGCAGUAACAGAGAGAUUUCUUAAUAUCGGUUCACCUAAAUCGACAAAAUCUGAAGAUCUUUUCGAGCAUGUUUUGGCAGUAUUCAAAGAAUGUAAUGUUGAUAAAGACAAACUAGUGGGUAUGGGCAGCGAUGGCGCCUCCAAUAUGACAGGAUCACGAUCCGGAUUGUCAACACUUUUGAGACAGCGUAUCAACCCUGAAAUAGUUAACGUACAUUGUAUGUGUCACAGACUUGAACUUGCUUUCCGUGAUACACUGAAAAAGUCAAAAUUGUAUGAUAAGUUGAUGACAUUGCUCAUUGGCAUACAUUAUUUUUACAAGAAAAGUUACAAAAACAAAAGUGCUCUCUUGAACGCCAUUGAAGCAGUAGGUAAAGGUGUGUUACCACCUAAAGUAACUGGAACCAGAUGGCUUCCACACCUAUGUAGGGGAAUAGGUGCUCUUUUGAAGACUUACAGAGCAUUAGAUGCCCAGUUAUCUACUGCAAGUCAUGAAAAUGCUAAAGCAGAAGGCCUCCUUAAACUGAUGUUAGAUAAACAUGUUCUGGCAUUUGCUAUUUUCUUACAGGAUGCAUUGGAUCAUGUCAUGACACUGUCCUUGAAGUUACAGAGAGAUGAUGUCACAUUGUCUGAUAGUCUGUGCUGGGUUGAAUCUACUUUAGAGUUACUUCAGGAAAAGAAGGGAAGGAAGUGUGAAAGCUUAUGUCAUCUACUGGAGACUGGAAUGUAUGAUGGGAUUAAGCUGAAAGGUGUAACACCAACAAUGACUUACACUGAUGACAUUCUCCAAGGUCUGUCAGAUGCUAUUAGUAACAGAUUUAUGACUGACCAGAAAAAUGUGCAAAAUGCCACAAAAAUACUUAACUUUGGAAACUGGCCAGCAGCAGGAACCCCAGAAUUACAAGAGUUUGGACAAGAAGAGGUAUUGAUGGUGUUUAGAAACUUUAAUGCCAGUAUUUGUAGAGUGACUGCAGACAUAACUGAAGAUAAUCUGGUUAACCAAUGGAGUCUUCUGAAGAAAAUUGUCACAAAAAAGUAUGGAGGGAAGAUGUCUUCUCUCUCUUGGAAGACUGUACUACAGGAAAACUGCGACUUUCAACAGAUAGCGCUUGUCAUAGAUGUAAUGUUAACCAUUCCCUCCACAAGUGUGAAGUGUGAAACAGCCUUCUCCCAACUGAAGCUUUUAAAAACCUGUAGACGGUCAAAGCUUGGGACUUCUGUUCUAAAUGACUUGAUGAUUGUCAAGUUACAAUCUCCAUCAAUAGCAAACUUUGACCCAGAAGAUGCUAUUGAAAAAUGGCUGGCUGCAUCAGUAAUGGGACGGCGUACAACUUAUAUCAGAAGGCCCAAAUCUACACGCGUCACUACCACAGUGGUCACUGACAGUGAGGCCCUCAGUGAGAAUAAUGCAACUGACACUGAAGAAAUUGUACCAGUACCCAGUUAUGAUAUAGAUACUGCAGAAGCAAGACCCUCCGUUUCCACUUACUCUAUUGACAUGCUGUGUGAUAAGGACUCUGAUUAUGAUGAUGAUGAUUUUGAUCAUGACUCAGAAUGUUUUGAUUUUCAGACAGAGUCAAUCAAUCUUGACAAAUUGAUGUUUUAUCUAAGGGAAUAAAAUGGCUUCAAAUCUUUAAAAGUUGUUAUGUCUUUAAAAAAAAACACAAAGGUAUUACCAUAUACUUAUAUUUGGAAAUUUUUUUCGGUAAGACAAAAGUUCUUUCGGUCAGACAAGAAUUGAAAG